AUGGCUCAAGAUCAAAUUAAAACUUUGAAGAUGAUGUACAAUGAUCAAUUGGAAUACAUAGAUUGUCCAUGGAAUGCAAAUUACGAAAAGUGUAUUGAAAUUGCUUUGAAACGUUUUGAGAUUCCAUCGAAAUUCAAGAAAUCAAUACAAAUUUAUAAUGAUUUUGAUGAAAUUUUUGAAAAACACACUUUUGAAUACUACAACUUUCUGUUUCCGAGCCCAGCUACGAUAUUUUCCCUCAAAAUUGAUGAAGAAGAAAUAAAGAAUCAACAACCAGGAGAAGAAAAAAGAGAACCUUUGGAUAAGUUAACCAACAAGAGAAAACGUCGUUGCAAUGAAAAUCAUGGAGUUCCGGUUACUAGACAAAAUUGCUUUUUUGGGUCACUUCUUGGAUUUGGAACCGAAUCAUCAGAAGAACCAAUUAGCAAGAAACAUAAGCUAUCAUCUAUUAAUAAAACAAAGGAACUAGGAGUUUUGACAAGAACAGUUUCGAGACGACUUAUUCGAAUUUAG